UUAAUGUAAGAAUAUGAGAAGCCUUAUUGUUCGGUUAGUUAUGAAUUUAAUAUAAUAAAAAGUUAUUUAUAAUUAGUUUCAAGCGAACGUUUAUGUAAAUUAAAUGUAGAAACCCCAAAAUGCUGUUUUAUUAUCACAACUAAAAUAUCCUAAAUCCUGAGCAGUUUUUCAGUUUAUUAACAAUAAUAAAUGUUGGAGGUGUAAAAAGACACGGUURGUCCCAGGGAAGGGUUCUGGUUGUCCAACAUUCUGUCUUCACCUGGCUCCACCUGCUGGACAGAAGCAGAACCUUCACUCAGUUGUCUCAUUCUGUUAUGGGUUUUUUAAAAACUUUCUUUAAAGAUAAAAUAUAUUUAUAUAGAAACGUGAAACAAAAUGAAUUAUCGCGAGAACAGCAGCGGUUUAAACAGUUGGUAAUCAGCCUCAGGUAGGUUAGGGGAGGUCACGUGACUUUCUAUUUAUACCUGAAUGGAGCAGCAGGUGGUCCUGCAGCUACUCUGAACCAAUCAGAAGGUUUGUUUUAUUUUAAAGUUUAGAUCAUCUGAGUAAAUAAUAAAAACCUGAGUGUCAGUUUUCAUGUUUGUGUUUUUAUGAAACAUUUUCAUAUUUUCUCAGCUGUGUAGGAAGCAGUGGUUGACCUCUGACCCCCCCUCAGUGGGUCAGGCUUGGCUCAGCCCGUCUCCUCUGUCAUCAGCGGUCCAGAUCUGAGUCCUGCAGGGUGUAAUCCAGCCUGUGAGUGAGCUGCAGCGUCACUGCAGGCCUCACAGCGCUGGGGGGCUCUGAGGGGGGGCUCAGGGUCAGAGUCGUCCUUGUUGUCUGACAGAAGCCUGCUAACGUCUCUGUGUUCACAGUGAAGAAGCAGACCCAGUCUCAGGACCACCAUGUCCACCCUCCUGCGCUGCGUCUCCAGCUCCUGCCUGGCUCUGUCCCAGAGGACGCUCCGGCAGAAAACCCUCAGCAGGAGGACCUUCAGGACUUUCCCAGUCUUAUGGGACCAAACGGCCUCCAGAGGUGUGCCAUACAAAGACCUGGUGGUCGGCGUUCCUAAGGAGACCCUUCAGAAUGAGCGGCGUGUGGCCCUGUCUCCUGCGGGGGUCCAGGCUCUGGUCAAACAGGGCUUCAGGGUCCAGGUGGAGAGCGGAGCCGGAGACGAGUCCAAGUUCUCGGAUCAGCAGUACCGAGACGCAGGAGCAACGAUUACUGACGUGAGGGGGGCCCUGGGGUCGGACCUGGUCCUGAAGGUUCGAGCUCCCAGUCUGAGCGAAGCAGACCUCCUGAAGCCCCGGUCCACAUUGGUCAGCUUCGUGUAUCCGGCACAGAACCCRGACCUGAUGAAGAGGCUGUCAGAGAGGCAGAGCACGGUUCUGGCCAUGGACCAGGUCCCCAGAGUCACCAUCGCUCAGGGCUAUGAUGCUCUCAGUUCCAUGGCCAACAUCGCAGGAUACAAAGCUGUGGUUCUGGCUGCCAAUCACUUCGGUCGCUUCUUCACAGGUCAGAUCACAGCUGCAGGAAAGGUUCCACCUGCCAAGGUCCUGGUCAUUGGCGGCGGGGUGGCGGGUCUAGCAGCAGCGGGAGCAGCUAAGUCCAUGGGGGCCAUCGUGAGAGGAUUUGACACCAGACCUGCGGCUCUGGAGCAGUUCAAGUCGUUUGGGGCGGAGCCUCUGGAGGUGGACAUCAAAGAGUCCGGUGAGGGGGUYGGAGGUUACGCCAAAGAGAUGUCCAAAGAGUUCAUCGAGGCAGAGAUGGACCUUUUCUCCCGGCAGUGCAGAGAGGUGGACAUCAUCAUCAGCACCGCUCUGAUCCCAGGGAGACGAGCUCCWGUUCUGAUCAAGAAGGAGUUUGUUGAGUCCAUGAAGGAUGGUUCUGUGGUGGUGGACCUGGCUGCUGAGGCCGGGGGGAACAUCGAGACCACCAGACCUGGAGAGCUGCACGUCCACAAGGGCGUGACCCACGUGGGCUACACGGACCUCCCGAGCCGGAUGGCCACCCAGGCCAGUACCCUGUACUCCAACAACAUCCUGAAGCUCCUGAAGGCCAUCAGUCCAGACAAGGAGGUCUUCCACUACGAGCCCACCGAGGACUUCGACUACGGAACCAUAGACCACGUGAUCCGAGGGACUCUGGUCAUGAAGGAAGGCAGGAACAUGUUCCCGGCCCCCCUCCCUAAAACCGCCCCCCCAGCUCCGGUCAAACAGAAGUCUGURUCUGAGCUGGAGGCUGAGAAAGCUGCUGCUGUUUCACCUUUCAGCCGAACUUUGACCUCUGCUGGUGUCUACACUGCAGGUGUUUCCACCUGCCUCGCUCUGGGGAUCAUCUCUCCUAACGCAGCCUUCACGCAGAUGGUCACCACUUUCGGCCUGGCCGGCAUCGUGGGCUACCACACGGUGUGGGGCGUGACCCCCGCCCUGCACUCGCCCCUCAUGUCGGUCACCAACGCCAUCUCAGGUCUAACGGCAGUGGGUGGUCUGGUCCUGAUGGGUGGAGGUCUCAGCCCCUCCUCCUUACCUGAGGGUCUGGCUCUGGCUGCUGCCUUCGUCUCCUCCAUCAACAUCGCAGGAGGUUUCCUGAUCACCCAGAGGAUGUUGGACAUGUUCAAACGACCCACCGACCCACCUGAGUACAACUACCUGUACCUGCUGCCGGGGGCGGUGUUCGUCGGAGGAUACGGAGCCUCUGUGGCUGCUGGCUACAGCGUCGAGCAGAUGAUGUACCUGGGCUCGGGUCUGUGUUGUGUCGGGGCGCUGGCGGGUCUCUCGGCCCAGAAGACGUCUCGUCUGGGGAACGCCCUGGGGAUGAUGGGAGUGGCGGCGGGCCUUGCCGCCACUAUCGGAGCCCUGAAACCUUCAGUGGAGCUGCUGUCUCAGAUGUCUCUGGCCAUGGCCUCUGGGGGAACCUUGGGCCUCACCAUUGCCAAGCGGAUCGAGAUCACAGACCUGCCUCAGCUGGUGGCAGCCUUCCACAGCCUGGUGGGUCUGGCAGCGGUCCUCACCUGCGUGGCCGAGUACAUGAUCGAGUUCCCUCACCUGGACGCCCACCCAGCUGCGGGGGUUAUUAAGACCGUGGCCUACCUGGGCACCUACAUCGGAGGCGUCACCUUCAGUGGGUCUCUGGUGGCCUACGGAAAGCUCCAAGGUCUCCUGGACUCGGCACCCCUGCUGCUCCCGGGUCGGCACAUGCUGAACGCAGGUCUGAUGGCGGCCUCCGUGGGGGGCAUGGUGCCCUUCAUGCUCAGCUCCAGCUAUGGGACUGGCAUGGGCUGUCUGAUGGGCGUGUCCGGGCUGUCGGCUGUCAUGGGCGUGACCCUCACAGCUGCCAUUGGUGGUGCCGACAUGCCCGUGGUCAUCACGGUCUUAAACAGCUACUCAGGAUGGGCGCUCUGUGCUGAAGGCUUCUUAUUGGACAAUAACCUCAUGACCAUCGUCGGCGCCCUGAUUGGCUCCUCCGGCGCCAUCCUGUCCUACAUCAUGUGUGUGGCCAUGAACCGCUCCCUGCCCAACGUGAUCCUGGGGGGCUACGGCACCACCUCCACAGCCGGAGGGAAACCCAUGGAGAUUGUAGGAACUCACACUGAGGUCAACGUGGACCAAACCAUCGAUAUUAUCAAGGAAGCCAACAACAUCAUCAUCACUCCAGGUUGGGGUCUGUGUGCAGCCAAAGCCCAGUACCCCAUCGCAGACAUGGUGAAGAUGCUGAGAGAGCAGGGGAAGACCGUCAGGUUUGGGAUCCACCCAGUGGCCGGUCGGAUGCCCGGACAGCUGAACGUUCUACUGGCUGAAGCCGGUGUUCCAUAUGACGUGGUCCUGGAGAUGGACGAGAUCAAUGAAGACUUUCCAGAGACGGACCUGACUCUGGUCAUCGGAGCCAACGAUACGGUCAACUCUGCCGCGCAGGAAGACCCCAACUCCAUCAUAGCUGGCAUGCCGGUCCUGGAAGUCUGGAAGUCCAAACAGGUCAUCGUGAUGAAGAGGACUCUGGGUGUGGGAUACGCUGCUGUAGAUAAUCCCAUCUUCUACAAACCCAACACAGCCAUGCUGCUGGGAGACGCCAAGAAGACCUGCGACGCCCUGCAGGGCAAGAUCAGGGAGGCCUAUUACUGACCUGUAAUAACCUGUAAUAACCUGGUAACAACUGGUAAUAACCUGUAACCUGGUAAUAACUUGGUAACAACUGGUAAUAAACUGGUAGCAUGGCAUUAACCUGUAAUAACAGGUAACAACCUGUAAUAACCUGGCAACAACUGGUAACAACCUGGUAAUAACCUGUAACAACCUGGUAAUAACUUGGUAACAACUGGAAAUAAACUGGUAGCAUGGUAUUAACCUGUAAUAACCGGUAACAAC